GGGGGCGGCCCGGCGCGGUAGGGCGGAGCCGCGGGCCAGGCCGAGCCCAGGCGGGCCGCUCGGGAGCGCGGGGGUUGGUGUUGUUCUGGCCGAGCGGGAAGCGGUGCAGUCUCCGAGGUCGCCAUGCCGCCGCCGCUCGCCCUCCCUGCAGUCUGUGCCUGGCACUUGCUGGCUCCUCUUGCCAAGUGUCAAACUGUGCAGCUGCUGAGGCCCACCACUCUGGGUGACUACAUGAGGAGUUAAGUCUACAUCUGCAGUACUACUGAAAGAAAGCAUUUUCAGAGUACAGUUUUUCAACUGUAAGUAGACCUUCCUAGGACAAUACUUUUUCUUUCUUUUAAGAAGAGAACUCUGCCUGGAUAUGAGGUACUGAGGGGAAGAAGAGCAUCACGCCUGGCUGCUCACCUUGCCCAUUUGACUGUACAUAAUGGAGACCAAGGAAGAGAAAAAGGAAAGAAGACAAGGCUAUUUUGCUCGUUUGAAAAAGAAAAGGCAAGCCAAACAAAACACUGAGACUGUCUCUGCCAGUUCCCCCGGAUCUCCUGUUUCCAAAACUCUAGCUGAGAAAGAGGAUGAAAGUAAAGUUAUUUUGGAGCAAAUCAGUUCCUCCGAAGACAACUGUAAAUUUGCUGGGGAAAAGGAAACUGUUCCAGACAAAGAAAAGAAAAAAAAAAAAUACAAUCAACUGAAAGACAUCAGGCGCACAGAACUUAAAAGAUACUAUAGUACUGAUGACAAUCAAAACAAAACCAAUGAAAAGAAAGAGAAGAAGAUGGUUUCUCAGAAACCCCAUGGUACCAUAGAAUAUACUGCUGGAAAUCAGGACACCAUAAACAGCAUAGCAUUAAAGUUUAACAUCACCCCAAACAAGCUUGUGGAACUCAAUAAGCUUUUCACACAUACAAUUGUUCCAGGCCAGAUUCUCUUCGUACCACAAACAAGUGUUGCCAGGCUGCCUUCUUUCAGUCCUGGUGCUCCCGUUUCUCCUUCAUCAUCAGAUGCCGAAUAUGAUAAACUCCCUGAUGCUGAUUUGGCAAGAAAGGCCUUCAAACCAGUUGAGAGAGUCUUGUCUUCCACUUCAGAAGAGGAUGAGCCUGUGGUUGUCAAAUUUUUAAAAAUGAAUUGUCGUUACUUCACAGAUGGUAAGGGUGUAGUUGGAGGAGUCAUGAUAGUAACUCCAAACAACAUCAUGUUUGACCCACAUAAAUCUGAUCCUCUGGUAAUUGAGAAUGGCUGUGAAGAAUAUGGGCUAAUCUGCCCUAUGGAGGAGGUUGUCUCUAUAGCUCUCUACAAUGACAUCUCUCACAUGAAAAUCAAAGAUGCAUUGCCAUCUGACAUACCAAAGGAUCUUUGUCCUCUGUACAGGCCAGGAGAAUGGGAAGACCUUUCCUCUGAGAAAGAUAUCAAUCCUUUCAGCAAAUUCAAAUCCCUUAGCAAGGAAAAGAGGCAACAGAAUGGUGAUUCAUGCAGUAUUCCAGGUGCCAAACAGAUAAAUCCUUCAGAUAAAGAAAAGUCUGCUGACUUUGAAGUUCUUCAGUCGUAUGAGAGUACGGGCUCAAUUAAAUCAAAGUCACUGGAGUUUUCUAAUAAUAUCACUGCUACUGAACAUUUGGAAAAGUUUGCUGCAGAUCCACAUGUCAAGGAGCCUUCUGGAGAAAAAAAUGUUUCAGACAUCAGAACUAAAGAAGACUCCCUUUCAGAAGGAGGAGGGGAUGAUUUUAUUGAUCUGGAAAAGGUGCCAUCUCCUAUGGAUAAAGGGUUGGACAGGAAAAUCUCAUUAAUGGAAGGCUUGUUGGCUGACCCCAGGGAGUUGGGGAGAACGACGCAGCAGGUAACCAAACCCCCUACAGAAGUCCAGGAGCACUUCACAGUUGAUUCCUUGGAAAAAAAGGACUGUGUUGAACCUAAAGCUGACUUAGACUUAGAGCUCUGUGAAAAGCAAGAUGUUAUUCCAGAAGUAAACAAAUGUGUCAGUUCCCCAACAGGUAAGGUGGAGACUGCAUUGGACACUAAGAAAGAGCUAGAGAAAGAUAAACUUAUAGAAUUUUAUCUCAAUAAAGAUGGGAGUGGGUCUCAGUCAUCUGAAGACUUGCACAAGGCUGGAAUCCAGAAAGGUGAAAACAAUAAAGUAAUUGGUAUAGACCUUACGCUUAGCUGUUCAAAGUCCCAAGCUGAUGAAGUCCAUACAGUUAAAAGUAUGGAGCUUGAUUCCUGCUGUGUUGAAAGGAAAGCACCUUCGUUAGAAAGCAGCGCAGCAGCAGCAGAGGAAAAGGAUCUCAAAGAGUCUCUGGACUCUUCAUUAGUACCAGCUGUAGACAAGACCUGUCAAGAAACACAGUUAGACAAUCAAUCAGAAAUCAGACUGUGGCUGCUGCAGAAAAUUCAAGUGCCAAUUGAAGAUAUGCUUCCUUCAAAAGAGGAGAAGAGCAAGACUCCUCCAAUGUUUCUGUGCAUUAAAGUAGGCAAACCCAUGAGAAAGUCUUUUGUGUCUCAGAGCACCACCGUGUCUCAACAGUACAGUAAAAAGAUAAAGCAACCAGAGUACUGGUUUGCUGUUCCCCGGGAAAGGGUGGAUCACUUGUACACAUUUUUUGUUCAGUGGUCACCAGAAAUAUAUGGGAAAGAUGCCAAAGAGCAAGGUUUUGUUGUUGUAGAAAAGGAGGAGCUUGACAUGAUAGACAACUUCUUCAGUGAGCCCACUACUAAAAGCUGGGAGAUCAUUACUGUAGAAGAAGCAAAACGGCGGAAGAGUGUUUGCAGUUACUAUGGAGAAGAAGAUGACGAUGAUGCUUUACCUGUCCUAAAGCAUCACAGUGCACUUCUGGAAAACAUGCACAUAGAGCAGCUUGCCCGGCGCUUGCCUGCAAGAGUGCAGGGUUACCCAUGGCGGCUGGCAUAUAGCACGCUGGAGCACGGGACUAGCCUGAAGACUCUGUAUCGCAAAUCGGCAUCUCUGGACAGUCCAGUUCUCCUUGUCAUCAAGGAUAUGGACAACCAGAUUUUUGGAGCUUACGCUACACAUCCCUUCAGGUUUAGUGACCAUUACUAUGGCACUGGUGAAACAUUCCUCUACACGUUCAGUCCAAAUUUCAAGGUAUUCAAAUGGAGCGGGGAGAACACCUACUUCAUCAAUGGAGACAUGACCUCUCUGGAGCUCGGAGGAGGAGGUGGACGAUUUGGCUUAUGGUUAGACGCAGACUUGUAUCAUGGGCGAAGCAACUCCUGCAGCACCUUCAAUAAUGACAUCUUAUCUAAGAAAGAAGAUUUCAUAAUACAGGAUGUAGAAGUAUGGACAUUUGAAUGAAGUACUUACUGACUGCCUUAAGGACUGGAUCCAUUAGGCACUUAAAAGCUAAAUAAAAGGUGCAGGCUGCCUCACAAUGUUACACGCUUUUUUUUCUCAAGUCGUACCAGAGCAUGACUACGCAAAAAAUAACCAAGGAAGAACAGAGCUGGUUUUCAGAGGCAGAAGGAGAUGGAACAAUACAAGAUCAGUCAGAGGUGUUUUUUACUUCUUUCUUCAACGCUCCUCCAUUGAAGAUAUGAUGCUUAUGAAAACAUUGAUGGUGUAUAAAUUGAAAACUUUUUCUGUAACUGUGAAAAAAAUACUGUGGGAAAACUAUAUCUGUCUUGUACAUUCCAUGUGUAUUUAUGUUCAGCGUACAAAUGCUAACCAAAAAUAAAAAGUUACUUCACCAAAAUCUACAGCAUACCGUUUGCCAUCAAAAUGAAUCAGAAGUAGGUAUACACAGCACUUACGGGAACAUGUUUUUAAAUUCUUUUUAUUUAUUGUUAUUGUAUAGCAGACUUUUUUUUUGUAAAUGCAUUAGCUAUGAGUUUUUUUCUUUUUAAUAUUUCAGAUCUUAAUUUGAUAAAUAAUUACUAUUCAGGUAGGUUUCUUAUGCAUUGGCAUUUAUUUUGAAUCGAUUUAUUUGAUUUCUGAAGUUAAUUUUUGUUUUUAUUUUGUAAAUGAGAUUUGGUUUUCAUUUAACCCUAAUAAGAGGGUUUUUUUUCUGGCAGAAACACAUGAGUGCAUAAUUCUGGUUUUCUCUGAGAUGAGAGAAAAGGUGGUUAGCACUUCUCAUUAACAGGAAUGUGUAAGCAGAGUUAAUAGAUUAUUAUUUUGGCAGUGUGUGGAGACACUGGGCAGAAUGCCACCUGGUGUUAACUGUAUGAGCUCUGAUGCAGUCAACAGAAUUGGGACAGCAUGCUCUGAGCAUCUGUCCUAGUGCUAUUUGACUGUUUAUGAGGGAUGUUUCUAAGAGAUGAUUGUUUUCUGUAUCACCACCAAUUAAUUCAAAAUAAACCACCCACUGUGCUUUUUCUGAGCAUUUCUUUACCUACUGAAUAACUGCUUUGUUAAGGAAAACAUACAGUCUGAAGAUUUGGAGAAGAAUGCUUUUUCCUUAACGGGCCGGGUCGUGUUAGUAUAAUAUUUGUUUUCUUAGCAAUUAAUAUAAUUUCCUUCCUUAUGACUUGAAGCAACAGGCUGGCUUAGGAUUUGACAGGAAAAUAUUCUUCCUUGUUUUCUAUUUUUUCAUGAAACAAUCAGAUAAUUUUCCUACUUCUUCCCUCACCACUUAAAAAGAGGCCAUGUUACAAAGUCUGGCUAAAUUCUAAACAGAGCACUGAUACGAAAAUUUCAGCAAGUAGAGAAAGUGUGAUAGAAGACGACCUAUCUUACUGUUUUCUAAAGGAUUUUGCUUUCUGGUUAAGCUAUGGUUUUAUUUACACAAUCCAAUUCUGACCAAGACAGACUUUGUGGCAACAGUAGAACACUUUCCUGCCGUUAGUCUUGAACGUGGGAUUGUCCGGGUUUUAAAAAUGGUGGUGUGUUUCCAUGCAUAGAACAGUAUAGUCUAGUUUUGGAAUAUUAUUGAGUAAUACAAUUCAAUUUAGUUACGGCUCUUCCCUUUUUUAAUAUAUUCAUAAUAAAACAAGAAGCCAAAUCAUUUUCUUUAAAAAGCAUUAAUAAAUUUUAAUCCUGCACAUAAAUUUCACAGUCUAAAACCCAUGCUAUACACAGUAAGUCUGUAACAUGCUGCACGUAAGCUUUUCACACUUCCCAUCUACAUGGUCUACUACAGCCAUAAAUAGACUCAUCGGUAAAGCUAUAAAGUGUUUUCCAGGUUGCUAAUAGCAUAAUGCUUGGAAAGCACCUGGAAUAUGUAGUACUGUUUGCUCUUUUUAUGGUGGCCACUAUUUAAAAAAAAAAAAAAAAAUCAACAACCCCAAAGCCAAGUUCAACAUUUUACACACAUUUCACCAUUGCUACCUACAACUUACUUCAUUAUAUUAUACUUAACAGAGCAUAUCUAAACGCUGUGUUCUAUAUUCAAACAGUGUUGUUCAAUCAAAUUCUGUGACCCUUGAAGCUAUGAAUAUUGAAUAUAUGUAAUGCAGUGCUAUCACAAUAUUUUCAAUAAAGGAAUUUAUGCAUUCAGAAA